GCCGCGUCGCGGUAGUUUCGUUCAGUAGUGUUGCGUUUCGCGUGUCUCGCCGAGCAUCGGACGACGACGACGACGACGACGAGAUGUCUUCCCCGUUUUGACUGUGAAGCGACGUAAGCUCGUGACGAAGAUCAUCGGGCACGUUGUUCCCCACGAAUUGUCGUCGUGAUUUCCCCGGUCAUCGUCAUAAUCCCCGUUAUCAUUUUAGCCGCUAUUUUUUCCCAACCGCACGCGAACUUGCCGGCGAAGCCGCGCGACACUUGAGUGAACUUCCUCUCGUCGUUUCAUCUUGCCGCUUUUUUUUAAAUUGUCGAAAAGUCGCGAACGAUCGCAGUGAGUAUAUUGAAACAAAAUACUCCGAGCGAAACGACAAUCUUUUUCGAUCCUCCAUACUUUAUAUACGUGCUCGACGAAAAAGAGACAACUUUAACGCGUGGAAUAGUCGGGGCCGUCGUGAGUGACCGCACGAAGAUCGCCGAAAAACACCGAACCCGACGUUUCGGGUGGAAUCGCCGCGUCACGUUCUUUUGCAGCGAGACAUCGAUGAGUGAGCGCGGUUUUCUUUUCGUGGCUCGUGAUUUUUUCUUUUGAUCGCGUCGCGCGUUUUCUAUUACAAGUGCAGAUUCUUCUCGUUCGUUUUUACAACCACGGUUGCUGAUUCCUCGCGUGGUUAAAGGAUCGAGUGACAGUGAUCGCAAGAAUAUUUCGACGUAAGUUUCUCAAGGUCACGCCGAGAAAAGCGAACGACCGCGGGUUAUUGAAUCGAACCGAGCUCGCUAAGUUUUGUUGCACAUUUCGCGCAAUCGAUAAUCGAUAAUCGAUUUCGCGGUGAGAUCCGCGUAUGUCUUCUACGGAUUUGACAAUCGAUCCAUCACAUCAUCGCUCGCUUCGGCGAGUGUCUUCUUCGACGAGAAUCGCUCGAAUCGACGACGUGAUCCCAGCGCGUACAAAUUACCUUUCUCGAAACGGUAAGAUCGUCGUGGUUUGCACGUAGUGCGCGCAAUAACGCAAAGCGGAAAUUACGUGUCAUUUUCUCGUUGAUCGUCGGAUCCCGAGGAGACUCCGGGUAGCUCUUCUGUGACACUGUGGCUGCUGAUGGGGCGGAACGAGGUAACUUUAACAAGGUACGUCGAAGUUUCUGACACCAGAAAUAAGAGUUCGUCGCGUGAAUAACCGGUCGAUCGCGGUUAAAAAAAAAAAAAAAAUUGUAGUACGUCGAAAAAUACAGUGCGCGAAAGAAAAGAAGUUCUUUGAACGCGAGCUUGUCGAAUUUUAUCGAGAUACGCUUGCGGCCGUGCCACACUAAAAGAAUCGACCGUUUUUCUCUGAAGUUGUCUGAAUCUUUCUCCGUGUGUUGGUACUUUGUCUAUCGAAAAGUAGAACGAGAGUUCCGGCGUUCACCCUCCGGAUCGUCACGGUGCCCGCUCCGCCUUCGCAUUUGUUCGAAGGGGCGGAAGAAAAACGUGGUAAACGCGGAAGAACGAACGAGAACUUCGAGUAUUACGACAGAGCGUUCGAUUCCAUUACCUCGUAAUGAGCCGGGCGGCGGUGUACAUGUCAAACGGCGAACGUGACCGCCGCAAAUCGCCGUGACCGGGAACCUUCGUUAAUAUUGCAGUCGGAAGAUGUCACGGUAAAGAACGCGAGUUCCAUUGAUUCGACCGAAUCAACUGAAUCUCGACACAAUCGUACGCCUCGAUGAACGUUACAUCGUCUGGAAGGCGGCCUCGCGAGAUGGUAGCUGCCAAGUGCAACGGAUAAGGACGCGCGGAAUCUUCAAACGGUCUGCCUGCAGUGAGAAAAGACGAAGGACGAUCCACGGGGAGAAAACAAAACGAGAAAACGACAAAGUAAGAAAGAGGGAGAGCAGAAACCGAACGAAAAGAGCAAACGUAGCGGGGGCGUAGUCGAGCCCACGCGUGCAACAUACAAGGAGAUCAACCGAGAUGACCAUGGCGAGCAACAUCGUGGUCGAGUGGCUGCGGUCGCUCCACCUCGGACAAUACUCGGAGUCGUUCAUCGACAACGGCUACGACGACCUUGAGAUCUGCAAGCAGAUCGGCGAUCCGGAUCUCGACGCGAUCGGCGUGUUCAAUCAGAAGCACCGCGCUCGUUUGCUGCAAUCUGUGAAGACGCUGCGGGAGGAGGGUGCCGCAAGCGUGUACUUCACACUGGAGGAGGCGAACAACGAUAACGGCAAGGCUGAGCUGGUGAAGAUACCCAGAAUGCAGCUGAGGAUGUUGCUGCAGGAGAAGCUGAGACACGACGGCAUCAGGCUGGCCUGUCAACCGUACACUACACCGGAGGGCGAGAGGGGGUACUUGGAGGGACUCGCCUCGCGGUAUGCAGACCUCUUCAGAACGCAUUACGGGGACGUCCUGGAGCCGCUCGAGGAGCUGCGCCGACGAGAAACGAACGCUUCCAGAAUGCCGAAUACUCAGCUCACGACCAGUCAUUCGCAGCCCAUUUACGUGCCCGGAAAAUACUCGCCCUCGAGCUGCCUCAGCGACAAGGAGGAGGACGAAAUCUAUGGCUUCGGAUACGGGGUCUUCAGCAGGCAGAUGUUCCAGCGACAGCAGAAACUCGCGCUCGCCACACAAAACACGACCACCUCCGUGACACCGGGUGGACCGCAAGCGCCUUACCAAAGUUGUCUGAGCCCGAGAUCUGCGUUCUUCUACGAGUUCCCACCUAACGAACAAGGGCAGAACACGAGCAAGAAGAAGACAACGUUCUCGAGACUUCUCCGGGGAUUGAAGACCCACAGAAAAGAGAAACAGGGCCAGCAAAGUCAAGGCUCGCCCAGACACAAUCGCGUAAGGAUACAAGGUGUUCCGCAAAGGGUAGACACGCCCGAUAGUGUUUUGCAGAGCGGUUUGGGUCUCGGACCCGACAUGGGCCACACGAUUCUUCGUUCGAUGGUGGACCCUCGAGAUUACGAUCGACUAAGAUACUUACAAAUGAAUGGCGGUCAACCAAACAGUUUUGAGGAAACCAUACACAGGCUGAAAGUUCAAGAGGCGCUGCGAAAGAAAGAGCGAUUCCACAAAGAGCACGAGGAGAUACUGAGGGAUAUCCGGCAGGGUUUAAUGCAGCUAGGAGUAGAUAGACGGGGUCAGCUCCCUGAGGAUGACACGUAUAUGUACGACGAAGACGCGCGAUGCGGAGGUGCAGGUCCCGGACCGGGCGGUCAACAUUGGUACGACGAACCCCCUUACGAAUCCGAUCCCGAAGACUUUCUCAUGGGAGCCAGCGGCGGUCCGGUCCCUACCGCGACUAUUCAAAAUGGAAGAGUGUGCUUUACGUUGAACAUGAGGCCGGAAACUCGAGGGGAGGGUGUGAUCUCCCUUCGAACAGCUGGCGAUAUCAGUCUGCCGCGCGAUCGUUCGAGGAAAGGCGCCACGUCGACGAUGCGAGGUCUCAUCGUUCCUCAGGGUCACAAUAAUCCGCCAACGAUUAUACCCCUCACCCACUCGAGGGCUUCCCGUGAGAGCGGAGAUUAUGCGAGUAGCGACGUGCAGAGUGUGAGCUCGAGACUGUCGACUGUGUCGGUGGACACGAGUAGGAGCGACCAGCCUACGCUGGGUGGUCGCCAACCCGACCGGCCGGAGCACCACCCGCACCACGAGCACCAUCACAACCAUCGCCAUCAUCACGAACAUCACCACUCGGUCUCGCCGCGUCCCAAUCAGCGUCACCCUGCUACUAGCACGACCGUUACCGCCAACACCGUCGACGCAACGUCACCGCAAAGCAACGCGCAGCGUCGCCCGGUUCCCAGAUAUAGCCGGAGUAGCGGCGAGGAGGGACUGUCGCCGAGCCAGAGCAGCGACUACGAAGAUCAAGAGGAGCUCGAGAGUCAACAUUCGGCCGCAGUACACACAUCGGAGGCCAGCGCCUUGCUGGAGGGCGACGCCAGGGCGGGAAUCGCGGGUCGAGCGAGAAAUUUGAGGCACGACGUGCAGCGGAAAAUCUCGAGGUUGCGUCAGGACCGCGCGUCCUCGGAGGCCUUUCCGUGUAGCGCGAGCAGCGUCGAGAGCUUGCCGAGCGGAAGCGGCUCCAGCACGCAAGCCUUGGUACGCGCAGGAAGCAAUCACAGCUCGAUAUCCUGCGAGGACCGGGACGCUAUCAGCCCGACGUCUAUCGGCCCGGUCCUCUGCCGUGCGAGGGCACUGGUGGACUACACUCCCAGUCCGUACGAUAAGGACGCGCUAAAGUUCAAGAAAGGGGACAUAAUCGAUGUGGUGCAGAUGAACAAGAGCGGACUGUGGAAGGGCGUCGUGCACAACAGGAUAGGCCACUUCAAGUUCAUAAACGUCGAGAUACUGAACGACAGGGUGCCGAGGCGGGGGGAGCCGGAGCGGGGCAAGUGGGGUCAGAGAUACAGGCAGAAGCCGGGCUCCGUUCAAGAGCUCUUGCAGAGAAUGAAUCUUCAGGAACAUAUUCCAGUUUUUGUGCUGAACGGAUACGAGGAUCUGGAGCUCUUCAGGGAGUUGGAGGCGGCGGAUCUCGACUAUUUGCGUAUACAUCAACCCGAGCACCGUGCCAAGAUACUCACCGCCGUGCAGCUCCUGCAUGAUCUCCAGUCUGGCAGCGAGGGUGACCUGGCCUCGAGUUCAGAGGGCGACGAAGUCAGCCGUCUGGUCUUAACCUCCGGCCAGACGUCCGGUCACUGUUCUCCCUUUAACCGACGCCAAUUCCCGCGGGACUCGGGUUGUUACGACGCGCACAAGAACACGACCAGUCGGCGAACCAUCAGUCCGGAAUCGAGCGCGACGUCGGCGAAGCUGUCGAGGGAAAAUAAUCUGGACGGCGCGACGGCAGCGACGAAAAACGCCGGCGGCGCGAUUGCCACGGAAGGCGGUCAUCUGACCGACCCGAAGAACGAUUUCCAUCCUAACAUACCGAUCUCCGGCACGGUGGUAAGUCAGAAGGAGAGCCAGUUCGAGAAAUCGCCGUUGCUGCGGGGCAGCAAUGUGCGGUAUAUCGCAAAGCGGGGCAACUUCGGCGAAACGGUAGUGAUCGAGGACGCCUGCGAAGGCGGCCAGAAGCUAGGCGGCAUGGUCAAGUAUAUGGUCGGCGGUACCAGUGACCUUGGCCUGGAAAGCGCCGGCAACGUCACUGGUCUGAGUCAGCGUGGUUGUCUCAGCGAGAAGUCCAGCGACUCCGGCGUCAGCUCGUCCAGCAUCAGUUCGGCGCCCCCGCCCAGGGACAAAAUGCUCGCCUCGGCCAGCACCGCGUCGGACUCACCGACCAAGAGUUUCGGUAGCUUUACGAGAAUGUCGCCGGCAUCUCAAAGCGGCAGCAAGAAUCAAAGUAACGACGGGAGUUUUCAAUGAGACACGGAGCAACGAAUCGGUAGGCCGGUGAAUCGCGACGCGACGUUGAGCUCGAUGGUGAAGAGGAUGGAAUUAAGGGAGUCACAUAAUUAACGGAGGGGGGAGGGGUAAGCCGACGAGAAGUGAAGUGUCUUAGUUUUUGGACUCGAGAAAAGAGUUGCAGCGCCUACGAUUCGCGAGAAAGGUAAGGUGAUGUCGGGAUCAAUGAUGUGCGAACACUUCAGAUAUUUUGAUCCUGCGUACUUCGCAACGAAGUGUUUCUUCUACGAAAAAAAGAAAAAACUUUCAGAUUUUUAAAAUAAUUGCGGCAAGAUAAAAAUGAUCGCGAAAUUAGUAAUAAUUGACAGUUGCGAAGUGCUCAAAUUCGCGUCUUGAUUCGAAUACAUAGUCGUCGAGGAAGUACCGGGAUCUCGUUUAAUAAUUCCCGUCACGCGGUGGCGCGCGAACAGAAAGUCUAAUAUCUUGUGACGGCGCUCUCCGAUAUUAAUGUCGAGGGAACAUUUUGUUAUUCCGUAUCUCGGAUAUUUGGACGCGACGGGAAGAACUGAGGCAAGAAUCGCGAGCGGAACGAGCGAAAUUCCGGCAGUUGUAACAAGGACUCCCCUGGAGGGAGCGCGUCCGGAAGUCAAAGGUUUUUCGCAUUUCGCGUCGCAUUUGAUUCGAACAAAUUGCACUCAAUGGAAAAAUAAAAAAAAAUAAAAAAAAAAAAA